AUGGAUCCGACCAAUCUGCCCCAGCGCAACACUCCCCACUGGUCCCUGUACCAGCGCGAGUGCUUCGAGUCCGGCACAAAGGACCACAAGCUGCCGCCCUUCAACACCCAUCCCGACGAGCUCGAGGAUCUGGCCCGCCAGCGACUCAGCAGCGGCGGUUGGAGCUACGCCAGCUGCAACGCCGGCCUCGGCACCACCCACCUCGCCAACCGCGACGCCUUCUCCCACUACCACAUCAUCCCGCGCAUGCUCGUCGACACCAACCAGCGCGACACCAGCAUCGAGCUCUUCGGCAAGAAGCUCAGCGCGCCCAUCUGCUUUUCGCCCGUCGGCAUCAACAAGAUCUACCAUCCGGAAGGAGAGCUGCCCGUGGCCAAGGUCGCAGGAGAGCUCGGGCUGCCGUACACGCUCUCGACCGCCGGAUCCGUCUCUAUUGAGGAUGCCGCUGCGUACAAUGCUCGAGGUGCGGCAGAGGGCUGCGCAGGCGGCAAGGGCGCCCAGUACGAGGACGGCCUGCGCUGGUUCCAGCUCUAUCUCCCGCACCAGGAGGACCUCGCUACGUCACUGCUGAAGCGGGCCGCCAACUCUGGCUUCGAGGCGUGCAUCAUGACGCUCGACACCUGGCAGCUCGCAUGGCGUCAUCUCGACGUGGCGCUUUCCAACUACGGCUUCUACCGCGGCAUCGGCGCCGAGAUGGGCCUCGGCGAUCCUGCCUUCUUGGAGCUCCUGAAGCAGCGCGGCAUCGACAAGGACGCCGACGCCAAGGCCGUCGGCCGUACCUGGAUCGACCAGAUCUGGCACGGCAAGGCUUUCAGCUGGGAGCGGAUCCCUUCAGUCAUCCAGGAGUGGAAGGAGCUGUCCGGCGGCAAGCCGUUCUUGCUCAAGGGCAUCCUCAGCGUCGAGGACGCCAUCCGCGCCAAGGAGGUCGGCUGCGACGGCAUCGUCGUCAGCAACCACGCCGGCCGACAGGUCGACGGGUCCAUCUCGAGCCUCGAGGCGCUGCCCGCCAUCGUCGACGCCGUAGGCUCGCAGAUGGAGAUCCUCUUUGACUCUGGAGUUCGCGGUGGGUCCGACGUAUUCAAGGCGCUUGCCCUGGGCGCCAAGGCCGUCAUGAUUGGCCGCCUGUGGAUCUACGGGCUGUCCAUCCAGGGCGAAGAGGGCGUGCGACACGUUCUCAGAAGCCUCCUGGCCGAGUUCGACAUCCUCAUGAACGUCGGUGGCUUCCGCACCAUCGGCGAGAUCGACCGAUCAGCCAUCCGGCCAUCGGCGGUCAUCCCGUCAGCCAACGGUCGGCUGUAG